UGCUUCUCUAUCACCACUGGUUCAUUCCCACCUGACUCCAGGCUGUGGUGGCAGAGCCACAGCCCCAGGAGAGUGGGGUCUAUUUGUAGUGAAUGUAUCAACUCCUAUGGGCUAUAGAGUCUGCCCAGAGAGGAUCCCCAUGUGAAGGCACUGAAGAAACCCCCACCAUAAGCACAGCACACAUGGGAACCUAGCUCCAUGCCAAACCCAACACCUGCUGGCAGUCAGGUUGCCCUGCCCGGCAGCAAGGCACAGCCGCACCAUGGGUCCCAAGAGAGCCUCCAAGUUUGCUGCAUGCUCCUGUGUGACAUUUAGUAGGCUUGGGCAGUGUGAUUGCACUGGCAUAGCUACUUUGGCACAGAUAACUGUACGCUGGACAUACUCCAAUGCAUGCAUGACCCAAGUAUCAUUAGAGCCCUAGAAGGGCUUUCCUCUUAGCAGGACAACCAUGUCUGGGGAGCAUCCUCUGUAGCAGUCGGUAGCAUUGCUGUGAAACGCAGACAUGUCUUGCUGAGGAGUCUGGCUUAUACAUAUCAAACUUCUCAGCACAAGUGCACAAGGCUGUUUGGGCAGAGAACACUAUCUGUCCUCUCUGACUCUACCAGCCACCUUUCCAUGCAGGGCUGCCAGCACUCAGUGGUGUGUACGGCUGCUGUAAUUUAUCAGGGUGGCAGAGAGAUUUACCUCUGCUUCAUGUGCUGGCAGGAUAUUCAUUCCCUGAGGUUCAGCAGCUACCAUCUCCAGUAGGGUAUUUAUUUGACACUUUGCCCACUUAUCUGCGAUUACAGACUUGUGCUGGUCUUCCCUUUGCUUGUUUGGUCCUUCACCCAUCAAGUGUGUCCGUGCCCAAAGCUACAAGCCAUCUGUCGUGGGACCAGGGUUUCCUGUGCGUGUCCAGCAUGUAGCACAGCACACGCCAGCACUGGCUGUGGUGCUGAGGGCUAUUUUACAGUACGAGGGAUAAUUAACAGUAAGAUCACACAGCUAGAAGUCAAAGACAUGCAGUAUGAGGCAUUUAGUGAUAAAAAUGUCUGACUGGGCUUUCUCACACACACAUGAUUUUUUCUAGGACCCUACUCAAUUUCAUAAGCUCCCUUUCCCUGUAUCCAUAGGAAUCAUUACUACUGGUGCUGUUAUAAGCAACAUCAAUUGCAGAGUGAGUCCCUAAUUCUUUGCAAGAGGCUGGCAAAGUGAAGUCCUGGCAGUGCUGAAGCGAAUGGCAAAAUCUCCACUGAUUCCCACAAAAUCAGAAUCUCACUCUCCCUCUGAACUAUACUGCACAUCUCCCAGCCUGUCCCUAGCACUACUUAGGAAUCUUUUUAUAUGAAAUAUUGGGCCACGUGGCAGCCACAUAUACUGGAAGUGUAUGAUAUGACACAGAAAGGCCCAGUCUUGUGUUCGCAUCUGUAAAGCAAGGCAGAAAAUGCAGAUUUUUCUCCAAGCUCCUUAGUAUGCUUGAAGUCCAUACGCUCCUCAGCUUAAAGUUGUGUCCUAAUGCUCCAUCGCUGGAAUUUUCCAGCAUUAUCUCUCUGUUCAUGUAUCAAUAUAUGUCCAGACAAUUUCUCCGGGCCACACGGCCAUUAUGUUAAGAAGCAAGAAGCUGAUAACGCCAGAAAGCAAGGAGGCCAGUGCGCUGACCCUUGCCGAAAUAGGCAUUGCUUCAUGGGGAGAUAAGAGUCUCCCACCUCCAUGGGUGGGCCACUGGAGUGACCAAUGAGUGUGGACAGGCGCCAAGGUCCGCUCUCCCCUUCCUCUUUAUAACCAGGGCUGUCAGAGCGAUGAGUCCAAACCUGCUCUGAGCGUUCACUGCAAGGAGCCAGAGUCUGCACCCUCCUGCACAAUGACGCUGACUCAAGCCGAGAAGGCUGCCGUGGUCGCCAUCUGGGCAAAGGUGGCUACCCAAGCCGAUGCCAUUGGGGCAGAAUCACUGGAGAGGCUUUUCUCCAGCUACCCCCAGACAAAAACCUACUUCCCUCACUUUGAUCUCAGCCAAGGCUCAGUUCAACUUCGUGGUCAUGGCUCUAAGGUCAUGAAUGCCAUCGGGGAAGCUGUGAAGCACGUUGAUGACAUUAGAGGCGCUUUGGCUAAACUCAGUGAGCUGCAUGCUUACAUCCUCAGGGUGGACCCAGUGAACUUCAAGCUGCUUUCCCACUGUAUCCUGUGUUCCGUGGCUGCCCGCUAUCCCAGUGACUUCACCCCAGAAGUUCAUGCUGCGUGGGACAAAUUCCUGUCCAGUAUUUCCUCCGUUCUGACUGAGAAGUACAGAUAAAUGGCCUCCACAGAGGGUGAGGGAUGCACAUCCAUGGUGCACCCCAGCUGCCAGGCUCUGGGGUAUUCACCCCUUCCUAUGCAGUCCUCCCAAAUCCCCUAUGCAGGGGCUCGGUCAUCUGCAAAACCCAAUAAAUAAUUCAAAUGUGA